AUGAGGACGGCCAGGCGUGCCAGCAAUGUGGAGGUGCCCUCCUUCCUUCGUCAGCUGGUCAAAGAGACAGAGAGAGUGGUCACCUUCUUCUUCAAAGGGGGAACCAGGGAACCAGUGAACGGGGAUGAUGACAGUUUUGAUGAGGACAUCUCAAUGCCCAGCCCGUAUCUGGACAGGCCCAUCCUGGAGAAACUUGUGUCGGAGGGGGGGUCUCAGUCAGGCUUGAACUUUGCCGUGGCGAGCAUGCAGGGAUGGAGGGCUCAGAUGGAGGAUGCCCACACGUGCAUGCCUCAGCUGAGAGGAGACCUGAUAGACUGGGGGUACUUUGCUGUUUUUGAUGGACAUGCAGGCACCACAGUGGCACAGUACUGUGCCAGAAACCUACUGGAUCACAUCCUGGCAACAGGUGGCAUCAAAGCCAGUGAGGAUCCUGAGCAGGUGAAGGAGGGGAUCCGUGAAGGCUUCCUGGACAUCGAUCGCCACAUGCACAAACUGGCUCGUCAGGACAACUGGGACCGCAGCGGCUCCACUGCAGCAGCUGUCAUGAUCUCCCCACGUCACGUUUACUUCAUCAACUGUGGGGACUCCCGCACCCUGCUCUGCCACAACGGCCAGGUCGUCUUCUACACGGAGGACCACAAGCCCUUCAACCCCAGAGAAAAAGAGCGCAUUCAGAACGCUGGAGGCUCCGUGACCCUGCAGAGAGUCAAUGGCUCGUUGGCCGUCUCCAGAGCUCUUGGGGACUUUGACUUCAAGGAGGUGGACUGGAGGCCUCAGACAGAGCAGCUGGUGUCGCCAGAGCCAGAGGUGUACGAGAUGGAGAGGACGCCUGAAGACGAGUUCCUCAUUCUGGCAUGUGACGGUGUGUGGGAUGCCAUUGGUAAUGAGGAACUGUGUGCCUUUGUGCGCAGCCGUCUGCAGGUGUGUGAUGAUCUGAGAGAGAUCUGCACUCAGGUCAUUGACCUCUGUCUCUAUAAGGGCAGCUUGGAUAACAUCAGCAUCAUCAUUAUCUGCUUCCCUGGCGCCCCCCAGGUGUCACAGGAGGCGCUGCAGCAGGAGGCGAGGUUGGAGCAACAGAUUGAUAUGAAAGUGGAAGAGAUUAUACAGCUGAUGAGGUCCAGAGAUGAAGAGCCUGAUCUUUUGUAUGUGAUCAAAUUUCUGGCUGCAGAGGAGUUACCGGGGCUGCCGCCUGGAGGAGGCAUCACCAGCAAAAGAGACUGUAUCAUCUCUGCAUACCAGAAACAUGUCAUGGCUCACAGAUCCCAGGAGCCCAUGGACAUUGAAGGAUCAUCAGAGGAGUCAAACUAA